GGAAACACACGGCAGCAGAAACAGCGGCCCCUUCACAUUUUGUUCCUUUGCAUGUGUCAGCUGGGAUUUUUUUUCCUGCCAAAUCACUGGAGUUAUUUUUGCGUGUUCUAAACUUUGCGAAUCAACGUAUUUACACUAAAGCUCGCGAUUUAUUUCUCCAGUCAACAGUCUAACGUAAAUAUGUCCGAAUUAAAGAAGUCAGGAAUAGAAAGUAAACGAAACUGAAGACGAUUAGGGUUUUAGGCUCGGUUUGUCACAGUGAAAAUGGGAAAGAAGAGGGGAAAGGACAAGACCUCCAAGGAGGAUGAUGAGCUUGACCUGACAGCUCCAUCCUGCAGGCAUAUUAAAAAGGGAACAGACCAAACUCUCCUCAAGAAACUUUCUGGUACCUCAGAUUGGACGAGUUGUCAGGAUUGUAAGCAGGAAGAAAAUAAAGAAAAUAUCAACAACCAUCUGCCACAUGAGGCUGAGGAAGAACAAGAAACAGGAUUGUGGAUGUGCUUGAAAUGCGGCCAUAGAGGAUGUGGACGGAAUUCUGAGAAUCAGCAUGCCAUCAAACAUUAUGAAACUCCCCGGUCUGAUCCACACUGCUUGGUGGUCAGCUUGGACAACUUUAGUGUGUGGUGUUAUAUAUGUGAUGAUGAAGUCCAUUACUCCAGAACAGGGCAUUUGGCUCAGCUAGUAACCAACCUGAAAAAGCAAACAUCUUCAGAUUCUAUAAAACGACCACAGAAACGGGUCAAGGAGGAAGAUGCCUUGAUGGAAGCUAAACAGAAGGCGGAGACUGUAAAAGAAGAUGAAAAUGAGGACAAGGAAGACAAGGAAAACAAAGAAAACGGGGAUCAUCAAAAGAAAAACACAAAGAAAGAGACUGUUGGGAAAUCUCAGAAGAAGAGCACAACUGAAGAGCAUUGUCGUGUUUCAGUAAAGGGUCUGAGCAAUCUGGGAAACACCUGCUUUUUCAAUGCAGUCAUCCAGAAUCUGUCUCAAACACAACUCUUAAGACAGACUCUCAACAAAGUGACAGAAGAGAAAAGUCUCAACAUUAAACCCGGUGCUUCCUUAGAUCUGGAGCCUAUAGAAGUGCAGUUAGAUGGUCCCGGAUCUCUGACUUUGGCUAUGUAUCACCUACUCUGUGAGAUUCAGGAAUCGAAGAAGAGUGUAGUAACACCACGGGAGCUGUUCACACAAGUUUGUAGAAAGGCUGCCAGGUUCAAAGGAUUUCAGCAGCAAGAUAGCCAGGAGUUGCUGCGCUACCUGUUGGAUGGCAUGAGAGCCGAGGAGCACAAUAGAAUAAGCUCAGGAAUAAUGGACACAUUGAAACAAUCUAGAGAAGGCACAGAUGGAGAGCUGAAAACGCUACUAAAAGAGUAUGAGAAAAAUGGAUUUCUAAAAAACUUUGUUGACCAAGUUUUUGGUGGUGAAAUUACCAGCACUAUUAUGUGUCAGCAGUGUAGAACGGUUUCUGUGGUCACAGAGAUGUUUUUAGAUCUUUCCCUUCCUGUUUCUGAUGAGGCAUAUAGAAAGAAGAACCAAAAAAAGAAGAGCAGUGCUUCAAGCCAGGAUGACAGCAGCAGCCCUGUUCGGACUAGUGGGAAUGAUGACAUUCCCACUGGGGCUGGCAGCAAGUACCAGCAGAAGAAAGCCAAGAAGCAAGCAAAGAAGCAGGCAAAGCAUCAAAAAAGACAGCAGAAGCUUGAGGGUAGAGCCACUUUGGACAGUCUCACCUCUCCCAGCCAGGCUGAGAGCGAACACACAGAUGCUACAGCAGAGUCAAAGGACAGGGAAAACACUGAUAAUGAAACACUUGAAGAAGAUUCACAACAUCCUGCUCCAGUCAGUGUGUCUGAAGAGGACCAAAAGCCCUGCAACGCAGUGCAGGUGGAGCAGGAAAAAGAAGAGGAUGAGGAUUCAGCGAGUGACCCUGACUCAUCAGUCAGCAACCGGUUUACUGCCUUAUCAGUGGAACAGCACUCAAAGGACAGCACCGUAUGCAAUGAAAUGGCUAACAUGGGUCAUGAAGAAGACAAGACAGAAGAGGAAGACACACAGCUGGUGAGGAAAAUGAGUAAAGUAACCUUGGAUGAUGCCUUUAUAGAAGACACUGACGCAAUGGAACAAAGCAUGGAGAGUGAAGAUGGAGUGAUGGAGACUAAGGAAUAUACAGUAAUAAACCAAGAUCCAGAGCUGGCCUUCCACACGAUGGCUGUCCGGACAAUCCCAGAGAAACAGGAGUGUUCAGUGCAGUCGUGCCUUUUUCAAUUCACAGAAGUAGAAACCCUCACGCAAAACAACAGUUUACUUUGUGUCACCUGCACCAAACGGCAGCUGGGGAACAACAAGUCUGGAGGAUCCAAGAAGAAUAUCUACACUGAUGCCUUCAAGCAAAUCCUUAUCUCCUCUCCACCUUCAGUCCUUACUCUUCAUUUAAAGAGAUUUCAACAGAAUGGCUACAGUAUUUGUAAGGUGAAUAGACAUGUCACCUUUCCUAUGAUACUGGAUCUAGCUCCCUUCUGUGCAGUCAAAUGCAAGAAUAUACCAGAGGGACAUAGUCAGAUCUUAUACGGUUUGUAUGGCAUCGUAGAGCACAGUGGAACAAUGAGGUCAGGUCAUUACACGGCCUAUGUGAAAGUGCGGCCCGAGUGCCCUCAGCCCUCAUCCAAUGGACUUACAGACGGAGAUGCAGAGCCAUCCAGAGGAUCCUGGUUCCACAUCAGCGACACAAGCAUUCAACCUGUGAGUGAGAGUAAAGUCCAGAGCUGCCAAGCCUACCUCCUCUUCUAUGAAAGGCUCCUCUAAUUGUGCAUCACCACUCAGGAAAUCCAAAUAAACCAAUGCUGCUUCAGUUUCACCUUCUAAGGGAUCUCAAAGAAUAUUUCCGCCUGUACCUGUUCUGUCAGUGUCUGAAAUUGUAUGACAGUGUCUGAAAUAUUAAACAGGUCAUUUUUAUCAGUCUCAUACCAGUACAGAAAACCUAGUUGGACAAUUAAUUGACAAUAUGGAACUGGAAGUCACAGUUUCAGUAUAUUAAUGAAAGCUUGGGAUAGAUAUGUAGAUAUAUAUUUUUUUC